GACGCGGGCGUGAAAUGUACUAUCAUUGACUCCGCAGCGAGCAUCCGGUGGAAUGCCCGCAAACGCGAUGGCCAAAAUCAAGCUUUGUGGUGUCGGAGGCGGCACCGACUCUUCCCAUCGACGCUCGACACGAACACGACCCCACAGGUUCUCACCGCGGCCUGUGACGCGCACCCCUCUCCUGCUUGUCCAGCGUUACAGCCCUCAUGCAUCAUGGUUCAACCUCUUUCCAGCGACGAGCUGAACAACACUGUGGGGUGUAUAUUCUUGGGGAUCUUGUUUCAGUCGAUCCUGUGGGGUUUUGCCAUCGCACAGACACUGUAUUAUUUCUACGAGUAUCCUCACGACGACAAGCGCGUACAGCUUCUGUUCAUUUGGGUCUGCCUCAUCAAGAGCCACGCAAACAGAAGCGGCUUAUCUCAAUUCACGAAAUACUACAUUCGUACUGUUUGUACACUGAUGGAUGCAGAGCGACGCCGCAUCUAUCUAUGUACAUUGAUGGGCAUCCUCGCCCUGCUAUCCUUCUUAUCCGUCUACGAACUCUCGAUCACGCCCGCCGUCACCUGCGGUGUCUCCCAUGCAGAAGUCUCGGCGUCGCUCCAGACUGUCUCUGCGGUCGUCACGGACGUGUUCAUUACCGUAACGUUGUCAGUCGUCCUUCGCGGCAAGCGGACGGGCAUAGCUGAAACGACCUCACUCAUCGCGAAGCUCGUCGUAUAUGUGUUGAACCGGGGGAUCAUAACGGCGCUGCUCCAGCUCGUGAUCUUCAUCAUUUACAUCGCCCUCAGGUCAAAACCUAACCAGGUUGUCUGGGCCGUGGUCUAUUUCAUGGGGAGCAAGAGUGCUGCACUCGCUGUGCCGACGCUCAUGGCAUCAACACUUGCCAGGUUGAACAUCCGCCACUGGCUUCGGGACUCGAUGCCUGAGCAGAUCGAAGUCGGUUACCCACGCAGUCGCUAUUCAGGCUCUACAAGUACUUAGCAUACGUGCAUCCCGACCGCUGGUUCAUCAGACUGGUACGGCCAACGCUGCGCCCUCGACUGGACAUCGCGGCAUUCUGCUGUAUCGGUAGACCUCCCCGAAUCAGGGCAAUGCAUUUCUGCGUUGACUCGAGCGCAUCGCAAUGUCAA